UGGACAUCUCUUCCAAAGCAUCUGGAGCCACCUGCCUCCAUCACGUAAUGAACACCACCAACGUGACACAAUGCCUGCCGUGGGAGCUCCACUUUUCCAUCCCAAUCCUUUGGGGCAUCCUCUCAGUAGGCGGGUUGGUCUUCAACAGCAUCAGCCUCUGGAUCUUCUGGUUUGCCAUUAAGCACUGGAAUUCUGGCAUCAUGCUUCAGUUCAACCUGGCCUUGGUAGACAUCAUUGUCCUUCCGGUCAUGCCAUUGAUGGUGGCCUAUUUCAGCUUGGGAAACCACUGGCCCUUUGGGCAGUUUGUCUGCCAGCUUCAAGUCUUCCUGCUCAGCACCCACCUGUAUGGAAGCAUCUACUUCCUCAUGCUCAUCAGCAUCCACAGGUACCAAGCCAUUGUCCACUACAACGCCAAGACCUUCUGGAGGAAGAAGUCUGCCUUGAAAAAGCUGGUCUUGGUCUUCUGGGCUUUCCUCUUCCUGCAGGGACUUCCACUCUUCUUCUUCCUCAAGACUUCAGUCAUCGGCAACUCAGUCAAGUGCCUGAGCAUCUACCAGUCAGAGCUGGCUUACCUCUAUCUAACAUACAGAAUCUUCCUGGGGAUCUUCUGCUUCCUCAUUCCCUUUGGCAUCUCUCUGGUGUCCUACGUGAUGUUGGGAGCCUACAUUGCUAAAAUCAGUCAAGCCAAUCUCCGAGGCAAGGUGAUGAAGACCAAGUCCAAGCAGAUGAUCACCAUCACUCUGGUCAUCUUUGGCAUCUGCUUCACGCCCCUCCACAUCUGCCAGACAGUGGGUUUGAUUGUGAGAUAUUACUGGACAUCCUGUGGGCUUCGGUACCGUGUAGAAAUAGCUUAUUAUGUCUCCUUAGUUUUCAGCAUGGUCAACUGUUGCUUGGAUCCCUUCAUCUACAACUUUUCCAAUGAGAAAUUUUACAAGUCUUUCUCUGUCUCCCUGUGAAGAUUGUUCUUUGCCAAGUGUAAGAAAGAAGUCCCUCAGAGUAGAGAUUAGAGACUAUGAGAAGCAAUGUUCAGUCAAGCAUCAAGGUAGGGCUGAGAUCGAAGCAAGAAUCUCUGGAGGGUGAAUCCUCACAUUUUGUCUCUUUGUGGAGCUCCAGUUUGGAUUAGGAAAGAAAUAUCUGUCCAAAUUGAGGUACAACCACAAAAAUAUUUUUCUAGGUAAUCUUUGUCCUGAGAAACAAUCCUGCAAUCUUCAUUAAUUUUGGCAAAUGGUUGUUUGUUUGGUUUAUUAAACCAGGUCUGUCUAAUGGUCCAUCUAUUGCAACUGCUCUCUGGAGUUUCAGAUAGGAGCCUUUCCCAAGCAAUGUUGGGGAUUGGACCAGGGAGCCUCUGCAUGCAAAGCAGAUGUUCUCUCCCACCUCUUCCCUUGCCCUACUCUUGCUUGCAUAAUGCGCUCUGCAGCUGCCCUACCUUACAUUUUGCGUCUGCUAAUUGUGCAGACAGGCUAAUGACAGGAAUUGCUUGUUCAGCUUUUUUUCUGCUUUGCAAUAUUUCUCUCCUGCAGCCCCAGCAGCCAUGAAGGAAUUGGACUUCACUGUACUCUUUGCAUGGGCAGAUGCAUAUUGUUGCAUGCAUGGACUUGCAUGUCAUACAAACAUGUCUUUCUUGCUUGUGCAUUGAGAAUUGCAGGGAUAGCUUGGAAAGCUACUGAAUGCCCUGAGGCUCAGAUGUCAAGGGAGGCAUCUCAAGCAGGGCCAGUGCACCCAUCAGGCAAGGUGAGGCAACAGCUUCAGGUGACAAAAUGCACAGGGGCAACAGAUCCGACCUUCAAGGAUACAUAGCAGCCACAUCUGUGGUGUGCUACUUGGGGGCUGGGUGUACUGCCUCCUCGGCAGCUUUCUCCAGUGGCCUCUGAUGGUCUUCUCCACCCCACCCCCCACCCAGAAGGAAAUGGUGGGUCUGCCCUCUGAGGUCUCCUGGGCUCUGCAUCUACCUGGCAUGAUUCUGAGUGGGUCCCUUCCCCUACCCCCCUACCCCCCUGACACCCUUUGAUUCCACUUCAACCAUCAGUUAAGGCUGAUUUGAUUCCACACACCUUGCCUUGUUCCUGAUGUAGAUCUUCACUCACCCCUUCUUCCCUGCGGGGUGGGGUGCCAUUUUGUGGUUUGCCUUAGGUGCCAAAAUGCAUUGGGCCAGCCCUGGUGAAAAGUAUGUGAGGGGUGGAAUAUCCUGCUCCAAACAUCCAGGAACCUGGAAGGCAAGGGGUGGAGCAUGAGGUUGACAAGGGGAGCCCAUGUUAACCAGGAAGCCAUCCUGGAGGAACUCAAUGUGAUAAGGAACAAGGGAAAUAAAGGGUUGUUACUCAGGAGUAAGAAUCUUCUGAGAGUCUGAUAUGUUAUGGAUUGUGGAAACCCAGUGAGGGUAGAUUGCAUUUUAAUCUGCUUCAUUUUGGGGGUUUUUUUGCUCCAAAGAGAAUAUCCUGGUUUUCUGUAACUUAAGCAUUGCAUAUCUUUGUCUUAA